AUGACAAGUGCCCGACGAAUAAUCAGAACGGAGGAAAAGGCUCAAAGGGUCGGGGAAACAAGCAACCAAUUGCAGGUACUAUCAAUAUCAUUGUCGGAGGAACAGCCUCGAGAGGAGAUUCUAGCAGCGGGCAUAAAUAUAGACAUCACUUUUGGAACGGAGGACUUGGAAGGCAUAGCAUUCCCUCAUGAUGAUAUCUGGUCAUAUCGGCCAUCAUCGCCAACUUUGAAGUCAAGAGAGCUCAAGCCAGUCAAAACACCCCUCCAAGGAUUUGGAGGUGGGGUCAUCACCCCGGAAGGAAUCGUCGGGUUGCCUUUAACAUUGGGGGUAGAGGGUAAACAGGUGACGCAAAUCACUACCUUUGAAGUUGUUCGUACGCCGAUGGCUUACAACGCCAUGCUGGGAAGAUCACUGCUCAACAGAAUUCGAGCUAUUGUCUCAACUUUCCACUUGGCUAUGAAAUUCCCAACUACCAAUGGAAUCGGGGUAGUCCGAGGUAACCAAACAGUGGCCCGACAGUGUUAUGUGACUAGAGUUCGAAAAAUCAAGAACGUCAUGCAAGUUAUAGAGCUCGAGCAUGAAAAUCACGGGAGACUGGCUCCGGUGGAAGGAUUGGAAGAGGUCGAGAUCGAGCCUCGAAGGAAAGUAACAAUUGGUCGGGGGCUAGAUACAGCGGUCAUGUUUGAACUGCUAAGUUAUCUCUCCCGCAACCUUGAUGUAUUCGCUUGGAAUGUUGAGGACAUGCCUGGAAUUGAUCCAGAGGUUGCAGUACAUAGACUUAACGUAAAUCCGGAAGCAAGAUUUGUGAAGCAAAGGAAGAGACAGUUUGCACUCGAAAGACGAGAAGUCAUAAAGGAUGAGAUUGCUAAACUCGUUAGCGCACAAUUCAUUCGAGAAGUACAAUAUCCCGAGUGGCUUGCCAACGUGGUUCUUGUCAAGAAAGCUAAUGAAAAGUGCUUCUUGGAUGCUUUCUCGAGGUAUCACCAAAUUCUGAUGGCGAAAGAAGAUCAAGAGAAGACCUCAGUCAUGGCAGAUUCAGCCAUCUAUUGCUACAGGGUCAUGCCCUUUGGACUGAAAAAUGCUGAAGCAUCAUAUCAAAGGUUGGUGAACAAGAUCUUCACCAAGUUAAUUGGGAAAACGGUCAAAGCAUAUGUGGAUGAUAUGGUGGUUAAGAGUAAACAGCUGGAUAGUCAUGUUUCUGAUCUAGAGGAAGUGUUUGCUACGUUACGGAGGUACAACAUGAAGCUCAAUCCGGCAAAGUGUGCGUUUGGGGUGGCAUCUAGAAAAUUAUUGGGUUUUAUGAUUAUACACAGAGGAAUAGAGACAAAUCCUGAUAAAAUCCAAGCUCUGAUAAGUAUGGAGGCUCCUAAGUGCAAAAGGGACAUUCAGAAGUUGACAGGUUGCGUAGCAGCAUUGAACAAGUUUGUUUCCCGGGCAGUGGACAGGUGUUUCCCCUUUUUCAAACUACUUAGGAGAAAUAGAGGGUUCGACUGGAAUGAAGAAUGCAACUUAGCUUUUCAAGAGCUCAAAUAG